AUGGUCCUUAAUUUCCAUCAGAUGGAUAAUUCAUAUUUACAAUCGAAUCUAAUCCUCCAUUAAUAAAAACGAUUUUUGGUUCAUAACAAUAUAUUUCUUGUAUCUAAGAUAAAUAAAAUACUUAUAGAAAUGAAACUCACUCUCAAAAUACUGUAACCGUGUUUUUAGAAUAUUUUUGAUCAAAUAAUGAACACUUUUUCAUAUUGUGGCUUCUAUAAUUAUAUUGUUGUAGUUCAUUAUUGUUAACCAUAUUGUUUGGAUUGCAUUGAUGAAUAUCACUGUUUAUAAUGGAAUAGUACAUAUAAAAGUGUUAUAAAAUUUUCAUAAUCAGAAUGUUUGUGAAUUCAGAAAUUUCUCUUGUACACCUUGUAGUGUAGUGAUUCUUGUUUAGAAUAUAUAUCUUUUAUUAAUUAAUUACACAACAUGUAAAUCAACAUAAAUCAAAAGCUAACUGGGAUGUUUUUGUAAACAGAAUUAAUAUGAAGAGGCAAAUCUAUGCUUAAAUUGUCCUAAGAAUGCAAAUAAUAUUUAAAUUUUUGAUAUUUUUUUGAUUGUAUUAGCAAUGAUAAUAGAAUAUUAGUGGAUGGAUAAUUUUUAUGUUUAACUGAAUAUUAUUCUAUUUUUCUUAAACUAAAUGUUUGAAUUUUGA